AUGACUUCUAUGAUAACGGCCACCGCCUGGGUGCGCCGUGGAGUGGCAGCCCAAUUCCCUGAGAAAUAUGAACUGGACGAGGAUGAAAUCAACAGAAUAUCUGAACUGGCGAGGGUGCAGCUUGAGGACGCGAAAAUAGAUUUGAAGGCUGCCCGGGAAGAGAAGGAGGAUGACGAUAUGGACAUGGAUGAAGGGAAUGCAAAGGCUGAAACUUCCUCAAAAGCUGAAGGGAAAGGGAAGGGCAAGGAAACCACCAAGAGUACGGGAAAGACCGACGAUGACGAUGAGCUGAAGGAGUAUGAUAUGGAACAUUACGACAGCGACCCCGUGGACGAAGAUGGCGAGGAGGUCACAAUGUUCGGCAAUGUUAAAUCGCUCGCAUAUCAUCAACCGCACGAGGAAGAUCCUUAUCUUGUGGUGCCCGAAGGCGAAGAUGAAGAUAACGACAGAGAAGAGUUACAGAUUCUGCCGUCAGACAACCUCAUAGUAGCUGGCAAAGUUGAAGAUGAGGUAGCCCACCUGGAAGUAUAUGUUUACGAGGACGCGGAAGACAAUCUCUACGUGCACCAUGAUAUUAUGCUCCCCGCCAUACCACUAUGUGUGGAAUGGUUGGAUAUGCCUGUUGGGAGGGGAUCCGAAAAUCGCUCGCACGGAAACUAUGUGGCGGUCGGUACGAUGGAGCCUGAUAUUGAGAUUUGGGAUCUUGACGUGGUUGAUUGCAUGUACCCAAAUGCCAUCCUUGGACAAGGAGGAGAGAGUAACGACGCAAGUUCUAAGAAGAAAAAGAAGAAGUCGAAGAAGGCCAACGACCAUUACCACGUGGAUUCUGUACUGGCUCUGGCCGCCAACAAACAGCACCGCAACCUGCUGGCGUCCGGAUCGGCGGAUCAAACCGUCAAGCUGUGGGAUUUAAAUACCUUGAAAUGUGCCAAAUCUUAUUCGAAUCACAAAGAUAAGAUUUGCUCGCUGGACUGGCAUCCGAAAGAAUCUACCAUUCUCCUGAGUGGGAGUUAUGAUAAAACGAUUGUCGCAGCUGAUAUGAGAACCCCUGAAGCCAAAGCUGCUCGCUUCAAUGUGGACAGUGACGUCGAAAAUGUCCGAUGGGAUCCUCAUGAUCCGAAUUUCUUUUACGUUACUACAGACAGCGGCAUGGUAUACUGCCACGAUAUCCGAAAUGCAUCAGCACACCCGGAAUCGGUAAAACCCCUCUGGACACUGCAAGCACACGAUUCAUCGGUAUCCGCCUUUGAUGUCAACCCGUGUAUCCCAGGCUUCAUCGCUACCGGGUCAACCGACAAACAAGUCAAAUUAUGGAAUAUCCAAGACAACAAGCCAAGCAUGGUCGUAUCGAGAAAGCUCGAAGUAGGCAAAGUCUUCUCCACAACCUUCGCUCCUGACAACGAAGUCAGUUUCCGCCUCGCUGUGGCUGGAAGCAAAGGCGUUGUCCAAGUGUGGGAUACAUCCACCAACGCAGCCGUUCGCCGGGCAUUUGCAGAUCGACCUGGUGCUUCCGCGCAUAUUGAUGAAACCAAGGAGGAACGUCUGGUGGGCAUUGCCAAAGAUGUGAGUGACGAUUCUGAUGACGAUGAUGAGGAGAUGAACGCAGGGGAUGGACCGGCUGGAGGUGAUGGAUGGGAGUCUAUGGAGGAAGAUUGA